UAAAACUUUUGCCGUCAAAUAUUCCCGGCUAAAUUAUCCGGCGACGGCAACUUCCGCCAUUUGUGUUCCUUAAUGCAAGAAGAUCAAAGAAUGCUCUGUCUCUCUCUAACUAUCUUUCUUAAUUUCAUCUAUCUAUCUAUCUAAGAUAUGGACAUAGCAGAUAUUAGUAAAAAGCUUGGUCUCGCGGAUUCGAAGGAUGUGAUACGAAAAGCUACUGAAUUACGUCGUCUUUGUGAUCUACACUUCAAUUCUUCCUCCAUCGGAGUGGGCGAGAUUUGCAAGGCAAUUAUUUGCUUAGAGAUGGCUGCCUCAAGAUUUGACGUUAUAUUUGAUCGUCGAAGAGCUACUAAGUUGAGUGGAAUGUCUGAUAAGGCAUACACUAGGUCCUUUAAUAUUAUGCAGAAUGGUCUUGGUGUCAAGAACAAGGUUGAUAUCAGAGAAUUAGCUAUUCAGUUUGGAUGUAUCAGGCUAAUUCCAAUUGUUCUUAGAGGUUUAUACCAGUACAAAGAACGUUUCAUUGCAUCAUUGCCACUUUCGCGUCGAGCAAGUUCUGAUUUCACUCGACCUGUAUUUACUGCUGUUGCGUUCUUCUUAUGUGCCAAGAAGCAAAAGCUCAAGGUAGACAAGAUUAAGUUAAUUCAGCUUUGUGGCACAUCUGAAUCAGAGUUUUCUAAUGUAGCUAACUCAAUGAAGGAUCUUUGUUAUGAUAUAUUUGGUGUAUCAAAAGAAAAGGACCCAAGAGAAAUGAAAGGAAAUAGAGAUGCAUUACCAGAAAAAAGAAAACUUGAGGAUGGUGGUUUUUCAUCUGAUGAAGAAGAAGAGGCUUUAUGUUAUAGGAAGCACAAGCGCAUGGAACAUGAGUACAAGGAAAAUUAGUUCCUGCAAAUCAUAUCAAGCAAGCUCGCUUGAACUUUCCAAGUAAAGCAACAACUGAAGCCCCCAAGGAAGAUGAAGAAGCUGUUUGAGAUAUUUUUUAUUCAAUGAUGCAUGGAUUAUUUGAUUCUUUACAAAUUCAAAUACAGAAACUUGUAUGUAGACUUCUUAUACAAAUAUAUUAUUAAAUUUUUGGAUUU